UCUCCACCUCUUCCCCCAGCCCGGGUGACUGAACCCUUCGUGCCCGGCCAGAGGAGUAGCCCCACGUGUUCUGUGUCGCGGCAGGGCGGGAUCUUAUCGUGAUAACGGGAUCUGCAUUUCUCUCACAUGUGGCUAUUGUGAAUUACGCGUUUCUUACAGCUUCUGUAAUUAAUUGGUCAGGCGCAGAACGGAUGAUGAAUUACCGUGUGGAAUGUGCUACCAACUACUGGAGGAGACAAUAUAUAAAAGAACCACACGAGGAGCACGAUACUUCCACUGAAAAUGCAGAUGAUUCUAACCAUGAUCCUCAAUUUGAGCCCAUAGUUUCCCUUCCUGAGCAGGAAAUAAAAACUCUGGAAGAGGAUGAGGAAGAACUCUUUAAGAUGCGAGCAAAGCUAUUCCGAUUUGCAUCUGAGAAUGACCUUCCAGAAUGGAAAGAACGAGGAACUGGUGAUGUGAAACUCCUGAAACACAAGGAGAAAGGAACAAUUCGCCUCCUUAUGAGGAGGGACAAAACCCUAAAAAUCUGUGCAAACCAUUACAUCACACCCUUAAUGGAGCUGAGGCCCAAUGCUGGAAGCGACAGGGCAUGGGUCUGGAACACACAUGCUGACUUUGCAGAUGAAAGCCCCAAGCCUGAACUGCUGGCAAUCCGAUUUUUAAAUGCAGAAAAUGCACAGAAAUUUAAAGCAAAAUUUGAAGAAUGCAGGAGUGAAGUAGACAAGAGGGCAAAGAAAGCAGGCACAGACAAAAAUGAUAGUGCUGAUAAAGUUGCUGAAAAACUAGAAGAGCUUUCUGUAAAGGAAGAAAGCAAAGAAUCUGAGAAGAAAGAGACCAAGGAAACAUCUGAAGAAAAGCAAUAAAUCAUCCUGGGCCUUGCCGUUUUUCCUUUAUUUUUUUUCCCUUUAUUUUUAUUUUUUAGGGUUUAGGGAUUUCUCAUUUUUUGGUGUUCUGUUUUUUUUUUUGUCUGUUUAAUUUUUACAAGGGACUUUAUAAGAAACUGAAUUCAGUGUUCAGGUUGUUUUUUCUAAGCUUUUGCCCUUUUGAAGAUGUCUUCAGAAAAUCCAUUCCCCAGUCAUGAAAAUGUACUGUUCUUUCUUUUCCAUAGUGGAAACACUUAUUUAUAGUCAUCCAAAAGAGUGAAUAAAACUUGAAAACAGUAUCAGAGGACAGAACUGAGUUUUCUGUAUACUUCAAAGGCUUCUGAACACAGUUGUUUCAUCUGGUGUUGAUACACAUAUCAUCAUACCUGUGGAUUAACUAGAUUAACAGACUUAGCCAACAGGGAAGUUAAGAUUACAUACAUGUUUCUGAGAUGGCUUCUAAAACUAAUAUGAAUGAUCUUUCACACUUUUCUGCUGUGUGUUCCUGAGCAGGGAAUGUGCCUCUUGAGUCUAGAAAUGCAGCAGACCUCUGGAAUUGGGUGACAGUGUUCCUAAUGGUUCCUAAUGUUAAUGGUGUUCCUUCAGACAGUGAGAAUAAAGGUGGGGAAGAAAACAUACUACGUGAGACUUGAGAAGUAUUUUGCUCUGCAUCCCCACUCCCCCCAAAUUUGUUAAUGCUACAAAUGCUUAAGUCUAGCACAAAGUUGUUGCUGUGGUUCCAGAUCUUCCAUGAUCUACUUGCUGACUGAAGGUAGUAGGAGUCUCAUACUAAGGUGUAUGCAAAGGAAUCUUAACAUUUGAGUACCUUACUAUGAGAGUCUGUGUCAGCAUAUUGUAAAAGCUGUGCUCUAAAAUGCAUAAGCUCAUUUUUCAGGCCUUUGGAGCUUGCUAUGAACUUGUUUCUACAAGUUUUAAGGGUUCUAAACUUUAUAGAUGGAUGGUGGGAGGCUGUCCCUCUUGGAGAGAGGUGGUCUGACAUUCACUUUGAAACAGUCAAUUAUGUUGUACAGGCUUGAGGAGCACUCUCCUUGCCAGAACAGGCAAAUUGAUCAAAUAUCUUCCCUGCAAAUGUUCUCUGUUUAUCCAGUGUUAAGUUAGUGCUGAUGAGUAGGAGAAUAAACUAUAGUAAGCAAUAAAAUCAAUACAAUUUUUAAGUCUGAUAGGUGAAUGUUGAUGUUAACUGCUAAUACAAGGCUAGUAUUAGCAUAGUGAUUGAAUUCUGUGAUACUGUUUCCAAAAUAAUUAUGAAAACUGGACAAAACUUGCUAAACUAAGACUGUAUUAUGUAAACAUUGGAUAGCAAGACCUUUUAGUCUUCAUAAAGUGGCUUUCCAAGCAGGUAAGGCUUUGUGGUCUACCUGAGGAAAAUGUGUUUUUAAAAAAUCUUUUCUUUCUACUUAACACUGCCUUUUGAUGCUACAAUGAUCUAGUCUUAAGUCUGGAACUGUAGUUAAGGUACUCGCUUCAUUCAAACUAAGGAAUUCCUUUGGUGUUGCACAUGUUUCCCUUUGAGUACAGCAGGUAUCAAAAGUCUGUUAAUUAACAGAGAUGGUUGAAAGGCAAAAUAAAGUGCUCUUUAGUGUUUCUGGUUUGGAAAUAAGACAAAGCUAUUCUGAAGUACUUAAUAUUUGAAUGUAAAAGCCAAAUCUUUAUCCAUGAGUCACUGUAAAUUCUCUGAUCUGAUAAUGUCAAACUGUCUAAAUUGAUAGAAAUGAGAUUUUAAAUUUUCAAAAUAAAUUUACAUUUUCAUUUAAA